CUGUCAGAAAACAAGCCUCGACCGAAACGCAGGGAGAGCGGCUUACACGAAACUAUUGCUUCUUGGUUCACGUUCCCGCCCCUUUCAUGCAGGGAGAAAAAAAAAAACAAGAAAGAAGACUCCAUCCACACGCAGCUCAUGAUACACAGAGAUGCAAUAGCAAUAUCAAUUUUCCCCUUUCCAAAAAGGAGAUAAAUAGCAAGUCCCUUUCUCUCUCGACUUCUUCUUUCUCUCUCCUAUCUCAUCAGUAUAAAGCCAGCUUCCAUUUCCCAGCCCGCUCAUUCAAUUCACUCGCUAAGUUCAGCUUUGCUUCAUUCCUCACUUCAAAUUCACUCCUUUUAUAAUACUUCUUCUCGUUGUAUACAACAUCAACAUCAGUCAAGAUGCAGUUCCUCGCCGUUGCCGCUCUUCUCUUCACCGCAGCUUUCGCUGCUCCCUCCACUGAGGCUCCCGCGCUUGUCCGUCGUGCCAAUGCCUAUUGCCCCAACGGCCUGUAUGCCGUCCCUCAGUGCUGUGACGUCGAUGUUCUCGGUGUGGCUGCCCUCGACUGCCGCUCUCCUCCCGUCACGCCGACCAAGUGCAACAGCUUUAACAACAUCUGUGCCGCCAUUGGCCUUCAGCCCAAGUGCUGUGUCCUCCCCGUUGCUGGCCAGGCUCUUCUCUGCACCAACCCCGUCCCACAGUAAACACUAGCACAUUCACCAACCCCCCGACCUGAGAGUCGGGUCAAUAUUGGGACAGGCUUUGUAUAUUGAGGUCUCUGUUCGUGACGUGUUAAUAAUUAUGUGUCGGCUCUGGAUCAACAAUGGAUGGGAAUGGAGGGACGGGAUUAAUGGGAUAAACGGAUAAACGGGUUCACUUCGAUAUACACCUUUUUGACAUCACAUUAAUGGAUAUAAUGUUUUGUGCUCUGCACACUCUUACAUCCUCAGUUAUUUUCUCCUUUGUGAUCUACUCACCAUGAAUACACGAAUUCGUUUUGGCUU